AUGAUUCUCGCCAACACAGCUGAUAGCGGCGAAGAACUCACCGCGGAUUCGCAUCUCGUCCCUGCGACGAUGGUCGGAGCUAAAGCCGGAGAUCAAAUCCGCGACUACAUUCAAAAAUCAGACUCCCCCACCGCGACGAUCAGCUUCUUGGGGACUUUGAUCGGACCUUCUCCUCCUUCCCCUAGAGUCGCAGCCUUCUCUAGCCGUGGACCAAAUCAUAUCACACCGGUUAUCCUCAAACCGGACGUUAUCGCGCCAGGUGUUAAUAUAUUAGCCGGUUGGACCGGAAUGGUCGGUCCAACCGAUUUAGAUAUCGACCCGAGACGAGUUGAAUUCAAUAUAAUCUCCGGUACGUCGAUGUCGUGCCCGCACGUGAGCGGGCUCGCGGCUCUCCUCCGUAAAGCUCAUCCCGAUUGGUCACCGGCAGUGAUCAAAUCCGCACUCGUGACGACCGCUUACGAUACGGAGAACUCCGGCGAACCGAUCGAGGAUCUCGCCACCGGCGAACCGUCGAACUCGUUCGUCCACGGGGCGGGACACGUGGAUCCGAACAAAGCGUUGAACCCCGGUUUGGUCUACGACGUCGACGCCAGAGAGUACGUUGCGUUCCUCUGCGCCGUGGGGUACGAGUUCCCGGGGAUUCUAGUGUUCCUUCAAGAUCCGUCUCUUUACGACGCCUGCGAGACGAGCAAGCUCAGAACCGCCGGAGAUCUUAACUACCCGUCUUUCUCAGUCGUUUUCGGAUCGAGUGGAGAUGCUGUUAAGUACAGGAGGGUUGUCAAGAACGUGGGGAGCAAUGUCGACGUGGUGUAUGAAGUCGGAGUUAAGUCUCCGGCGAAUGUGGAGAUCGAUGUGUCUCCGAGGAAGCUUGUGUUUAGUAAGGAGAGUAGGGAGCUGGAGUACGAAGUGACGUUUAAGAGCGUAGUGCUCGGUGGCGGGGUUGGAUCCGUUCCGGGUCAUGAAUUCGGGUCGAUUGUAUGGACAGACGGUGAGCAUGUCGUUAAGAGCCCGGUGGCUGUUCAGUGGAGUCAGGGCUCAGUUCAGUCAUUCUGAUUGAUGAUUAAGUUGGGCUUUGAAUUUCUAUUGGGUUUAUUAGUGGGCCCGAGUUGUAAAUUGAGCCCAUUAGUUUACUCAUUGUUGAGCCCUUACUCUUGGGUUAGACUAAGCAUGGGGUGAAUGAACAGACAAUUCGAUUUUCAUUGUGAUUGUGAAAUGUUUUUAUGUAAUAAAAAAGUCGUUUUCUAUAAAUGAAAUCAAUAACU